CUUUUUUUCAGGCGCUCCCGAGUAUGGGUGCGGCUGCUACGGUCGCCCGCAAGUACCGCGUGCGGCAGCGCACGGCCCAAGGCUGGCACCUCGCUCUCGACAAGUACCACGCGCUACUCCAAGAAGCGGACCGUCGCGGCUUCAACAAGGCCGAGCUCGACGCGCUGCUCUUAACACUGCGCCAGCGCCAUCUACAGCUCCUCGCUCGCGUCCACAGCGUCACGGACCCCGCGAUCGCAGCCAUGCAACCAUACUAUGAAAAAUACGCCCCCAUCAUUGAGCGCCAUGCCAAGAAGACGUACAAGCGGGCCAAAGUCGUCGUCGACCACGUCGAGUACGUCAUCACAACGACGACUCUUCAGGCCAUCUACCAAGCGCGGCGACAGGUCGUGUCGCAGCUUUCGGACGCGACAAUUGCAUCGUACUUUGACGUUCCGCUCCACGAGAUCGUGUCGCUGCACGUGUCCAAGCGGCGCUUCUCGAUUGCGAAUGCCGGCUGCGAUUUUCGCGACCAUGAGAUUGAACACACAUUUUUGAUCAACGACGAUGCGUUUAUCCGGAAACUCCUCACGCUGCAGUGGGUGCCGUGGCAGCCGAUCCCGAGCGUGGCCAUGAAGCUCGUCGAGACGUACCUUGUGGCCAUUUCGUUUGCGUCCCGAAACGAGUUUGCGAUCAAGGUCCCUGCCCGCAUUGUGCUUCGCAUUGGGCCCAAAUGGAUCGGCGAAGACGUGCGACAGCAUGCUGCCACGAGCUUUGCGCACCCGCGUUGGCUCCAGCGCAUCGAUUUCCAGGAGCGUGAAGGCCGCAGCACGCUCUUCUACGACCUGCUUCGACACGCGUACGACCUCAUGUACACGGAGCACAAGCGCAACGAAGCGAUCGCGCUGGCGGCGGCCGAAGCCGCCGCCCGCGCCAAGGCCGCCGAGGAGACACAAACGCGCGCCCCACCAAUGACGGUCUUGACGCCCGAGAUGAUUCGUCGAACGCUCCAGACGUGCGCCGACCGCAUUUUGGACGAAGACAAAUUCCAGUUUUACACGCUGGCGAGCUACGAGAACUGGCGCAUGGAGCUCCAGGACACGCGACUUUGUGGCCAAACGAUGGAAGAACUUUGCGAAGAAGAAGCCAUGAUGCGCCAAGACGACCUCCUCCGACUGUACGCGGCGCGGGUGCUCGAAGGGGCCGAGCGUGUGCAAAUGGAAAGCGAAGAUGUCAACCGUGCACUCUCGCGCGAAGAGCUGGCGGCGACUGCGAUGGCUGCCAACGACGUCGACGUCGAGAGCGACUGGGAGAACGACGGCUCGGACGACGGCUUGUAGCGAAAUAUCAAGCCAGGGGAAUCGAUCGUGGCACGACCUCCAAUCUGUUCAACCAGGCAUGUAGUAAACACUAGUUGCUACCCCUCUGAACGAAACAUAGUGUCGACCAGAUCUCGCGUGUACACAUUGUAGUGGGCCGUGAUCAAACGCGACGACCUUUCCUACCGGUCUUGCGACCAGAAUGCAAAAUUAUUUCAAAAUUGCAC